CUAAAUAUUCCAAGAGAUAAGAAAUCAAACUUUUUUGGCUGGCUGUGUUGAUCCAACAAGCUAGCUGGUUCGACAAGAAACUAAAAUGGCAGGCGAUGGUGGCAACAGAGAACAAGAAGAAGAAGUCAGACACUUAGACUGCAAAGAAGAAGAAGAAGAGUCCGCGGUGAAAACAGUGCCCCUGUACAAGCUGCUCUUCUCGUUUGCAGAUUCAACGGACAGUGUGUUAAUGGCUGUGGGCAUAAUCGCUGCAGUUGCCAAUGGUCUCUCCCUCCCCUUGAUGACCCUUCUCUUCGGGGACAUCACUAAUGCCUUUGGACAAAACCAAAGCAACAACCACAUCGUUCACGCCGUUUCUAAGGUGGCACUAAAAUUUGUCUACUUGGCCUUGGGGUCUGGCUUAGCUUCCUUUCUUCAGAUGAGUUGUUGGAUGGUGAGUGGUGAGAGACAGGCUGCACAGAUUCGGAAUCUGUAUUUGCAGGCCAUCCUGAGGCAAGACGUUGCUUUCUUUGAUAAGGAAACAAAUACUGGAGAAGUUGUUGGCAGAAUGUCUGGUGACACUGUUCUUAUGCAAGAUGCCAUGGGCGAAAAGGUGGGAAAAUUCAUUCAGCUAGUAUCAACAUUCUUGGGAGGCUUUGUAAUUGCAUUCGUCAAAGGCUGGCUUCUAACUUUAGUCAUGUUGUCCUCUAUACCACUGCUCGUCCUAUCUGGUGGCAUCAUGUCUGUUGUCGUAGCCAAAAUGGCAUCCCGUGGCCAAUCUGCUUAUUCAAAGGCCGCUUCUGUGGUUGAACAGACAAUAGGCUCCAUUCGAACUGUUGCAUCAUUUACUGGGGAGAAGCAAGCUGUGGCUACUUACAACAAGUUACUUGAGAAAGCUUACCACUCCGGUGUACAAGAAGGGCUGGCGACUGGAUUAGGUCUUGGGUCAGUUUAUUUUGUCAUGUUUUGCAGCUAUGGGUUGGCUAUUUGGUUAGGUGCCAGGAUGAUAUUGGAAAAGGGUUACACGGGAGGAGAAGUGUUCAGUGUUAUUAUUGCGGUGUUGGCUGGUUCCAUGUCCUUAGGGCAGGCAUCUCCUUGUAUGAGUGCCUUUGCUGCAGGCCAAGCUGCAGCCUUCAAGAUGUUCAAGACUAUAAACAGGAGGCCAUCCAUAGAUGCAUAUGACACCACAGCAGGUAAAAUACUGGAUGAUGACAUCCGUGGAGAUAUUGAACUGAGAGACAUCUACUUCAAGAUCCUGGUCUGGCUGGAUAACUGAAGUAGAUGUCUCUCAGUUCA